AUGUCUAUGACGCAUGUCCUGCUCGCAGCGUCUUUGCUGCUAAGCUAUACCGCAGCUGAAAUUCACCGACUGCCACUGGAAAAACAAUUCCUCGACUUGAACAAUGGUGACGAUAAUAUUCGAAUAUCCCCACAGAGCCAGAUGGAAGUCAACAGUCCGCAGAUAGCCUUGCAGGAUCCCGUACCGGAUAUUAAGGGUCAUGACAUACCUGUGAAGAAUUACAGAAACACUCAAUACUUUUCGACCAUCAGGAUCGGCACCCCUCCGCAGAAGUUCAAGGUGGUCCUGGAUACUGCGAGCGCUAACUUGUGGGUUCCCUCAUCCAAGUGCAAAACGUACUCCUGCAAGAAGCAUAAGAAAUACAAAUCGGCCUUAUCUCAGACGUAUCACAAAAAUGGGAGUGAGUUCGAGAUAUACUAUGGCUCCGGGGGUAUGACUGGCCACGUCUCUGAGGACAUGUUCACCAUUGGCAACCUUGAGGUCCACGAGCAGCUAUUUGGAGAGGCAACUAAAGUGUCGGGCUUUUCGAAUGUGAAGGCGGAUGGCAUUCUAGGCUUGGGGUUUGCUUCAAUCUCAGUGAAUAGCAUUGCCCCGCCUUUUUAUAACAUGCUUGACCAGAAUCUUUUCGAUGAGCCGGUCUUUGCCUUUUACCUGAGUGACACAUACAAGGGGCGUACUUCCGAGGUGACCUUUGGCGGCGUUGACGACCAGCACUAUAGUGGGGAUAUAGUCAAGAUUCCUCUGCGUCGCAAGGCCUAUUGGGAGGUUGACUUUCGGGGACUUUUCUUCGGGGACAAAUUUGUCGAUCUGGAAGACACCGGUGCUAUUCUGGAUACUGGCUCCUCGUUGAUCGGUCUACCAUCUGGUCUCUUUGAACAGGUGAACAAGGCAAUCGGCGCGACGCCGGAUUACCAGGGUAGGUACAUCCUCGAAUGCGAUAAGCGGAGAUUCAUGCCUUCCCUCACCUUUGUCCUGGGGGAGCAUAACUUCACUAUUGGGCCCAAUGACUACUCUCUCCAGGAAAAGGACUUUUGCAUGAGCGCCCUGGUCCCCAUGGAUUUCCCCGGCCCCACCGGCCCCUUGGUUGUACUUGGAGACGCAUUCCUCAGAAGGUGGUACAGUGUAUAUGACUUUGGUAACGGUGCCAUCGGGCUAGCUGAGGCAAAACGCAAAGAAUAAUGGAAGAAUAAUGUUCUAGUACUCUGUGUCAACCUUCAAAACAAGAAUUACAUGUCUUGUACCGGAAAAAUAAUCCAUUGGGUCUUCA